AUGUCCGGAGGCAAAGGUAAGGCUGGUUCUUCCGAGAAAGCGUCCACGUCGAGAUCGGCUAAGGCCGGGUUAACGUUCCCCGUCGGUCGUGUCCACAGAUUGUUGAGAAAAGGCAACUACGCCCAGAGAAUUGGGUCGGGCGCCCCCGUGUACUUGACGUCCGUGUUGGAGUAUUUGACCGCCGAAAUCUUGGAAUUGGCCGGUAAUGCUGCUAGAGACAACAAGAAGUCGAGAAUUAUCCCCAGACACUUGCAAUUGGCCAUCAGAAACGAUGAGGAAUUGAACAAGUUGCUUGGGCACGUCACCAUUGCUCAAGGUGGUGUCUUGCCGAACAUCCACCAAUCGUUGUUGCCCGCCAAGUCGGGUAAGCCCGAAAAGGGGGCUCAGUCCCAGGAGGUUUGA